AUGGCAUUACUUCGAGCACACCCUUUUCGCGCUGCUGCAAAGAGCCGGCCGAUCUGUGGUGGCACGUCGGUGCGCUCCCUGUCCUCCGUCACCACGAGUAGCUGGUCCUACCCGCCCUCUGCGUCUGAUAUAUCUACUGAUGAGAUCACUCGCCUGGCUAUGAGCUCUCGUCGGCCUCUGACACUUGCAGACCUGCUCAGACAUGGCCGGCCGCCGCUCACAAGAGAAGCCCUCCUCGCGUCUGCAAACUUCACCCUCUCUCUUCUCCCUGCUAGACUUGCCUGCCGUAUCCAGGCUCUGAGAAACCUCCCGUUUAUCGUCGUGUCGAACCCACACAUCUCCCAGAUUUACAAUAAUUACAUCCAUUCUUUCGCUACCCUGCUACCCUUUCAAAAACGGAGGAUCUCAACGCCGGAAGAAGAGAAACAGUUUACUGAGAUCAUGGCUGAUCUGGUGCAGACACACGACAAUACAAUUCCUGUGCUAGCUCGAGGUUUUCUAGAGUGUCGUAAAUACAUCAGUCCCACCGAGGUGACUGCGUUUUUAGAUGAGCAUCUCAGGGCAAGAAUCGGCACUCGGCUGAUUGCCCAACAGCACCUGGCACUCCAUCAUGCCUCUCUCACGGAGAACGGCGAUCUCUUGACGUCACGAGAGAAGCAUGUGCCAUCUAACUAUAUCGGCGUAAUCGAUACGGCCCUUAAACCUGCUAGUCUGGUAAAGGUGUGCGAGGAGUUCGUCGCCGAGAUAUGCGAACUCAAAUAUGGCGUUCGCCCUAGAGUAGUUAUCAACGGAGAGCCAGAAGCGACCUUCGCCCAUAUUCCCGUCCACGUCGAAUACAUAAUCACCGAGCUCUUAAAGAACGCCUUCCGGGCCACGGUUGAGGCUGGAAACGAACGUGAGCCUAUCGAAGUAACCAUUGCUUCAGCCCCCAACGCGCCCAGCACUCGUAUCGAAGAGGUCCCCCCUCACGCUGAGAAAAGCCCAAACUCGCUUGGAACUGGCUCACAGAACAAUUUCCAGAUGGGCAUGCAUGAUGGGCGACCUCUAGGCCCAGGCCAGUUGUUCGAGCCACUCAAAUCAUCUGCUCAGAGUAUCACAAUUCGCAUCAGAGAUCGCGGAGGUGGUAUACCCCCAGAGAUCCUGUCCGAUAUCUGGUCCUACAGCUAUACCACGUUUAGUGAAGAUGAACUACCCGUCGGCGAUAAUGGAAACAUCGAUGCUCUGAACGCGAUAUCUGGCAGUGGCGGCCAUAAUGCUAGCACCAUCGCUGGCCUUGGCUACGGACUCCCACUUGGGCGAGCCUACGCGGAGUAUUUUGGAGGAGGCAUUGACAUUCAAAGCCUUUGGGGUUGGGGUACUGAUGUGUAUCUCACCCUUCAAGGUGUCGGAAAGGUGCAAGGUUAG